ACUUCCGUGCCAUUUGCUAGCUUCUAGCUAACAUUAGCUGUUUAGUUCUUCUGUCGCCGUCUGUGUGUUUGAUGAGGUGUGGAGGAAAGAGGAGAUGUGGUCCUUUUUUGCCAGGGAUCCUGUCAAAGACUUUGCUUAUGAAAUUCUGCCAGACAGCCAAGAGACGUCUGGAAUAUGGACUCUACAUCGGGGGAAGCGAAAGACCAACGGAGAGCCAGUGUCGGUGUUUCUGUACGAGGUAGCACAGGGAACAGAGCAGCAAACCCAGCUAGCCAAGGCUGCCUUCAAGCGUAUGAAGACCCUGCGUCACCCUAACAUCCUGGCUUAUGUGGAUGGAUUGGAGACCGAGAAGAGCCUGUAUCUGGUUACUGAGCAGGUGACACCCCUGGCAGUCCACCUGAAGGCCCAGGCAGAGAAGGGUGGAUCUGGCGAACUGGAGGUCUCCUGGGGUCUGCACCAGAUAGUUAAAGCUCUGAGUUUCCUGGUAAACGACUGCCACCUGCUUCAUAACAACUUGGGGGUAUCUGCUGUUUUUGUGGAUCGAGCUGGGGAGUGGAAGCUGGGGGCCCUCGACCAUGUGGCCCCUGAACAGGGUGACCCAAGUGGGGUCUCACUCCCUACCCCCAAGGCUGUUUACCCAGACAUGGAGAGAUAUGACCCACCAGAGAUGUCCAAUAGCAGUGGGGAGAAAUGGGCAGGGGAGGUGUGGCGGCUAGGCUGCCUCAUCUGGGAGGUGUUCAACGGGCCACUACCUCGCACAUCCUCCCUUCGCUCACUGGGAAAGAUCCCCAAGGCCCUGGUCCCUCAUUACUGUGAGCUGGUGGGCGCCAACCCCCGAGCUCGGCCCAACCCAGCCAGCUUUCUCCAGAACUGUAGAGCCCCCGGGGGAUUCCUCAGCAACAGUUUUGUUGAGAGCAACCUUUUCCUGGAGGAGAUACAGAUCAAGGAGCCGGCUGAGAAGCAGCAGUUCUUCCAGGAUCUGAGUGAGAAUCUGGACUCCUUCCCGGAAGACUUCUGUAAACACAAGGUCCUGCCUCAGCUGCUCACCGCCUUCGAGUUUGGCAAUGCAGGUGCCGUAGUCCUCACACCGCUUUUUAAGGUGGGGAAGUUCCUGUCAGCAGAAGAGUACCAACAGAAGAUCAUCCCUGUUAUAGUGAAGAUGUUCUCCUCCACAGACAGAGCCAUGAGGAUACGACUGCUGCAGCAGAUGGAGCAGUUUAUUCAGUAUCUGAAUGAGGCAGCAGUCAAUUCCCAGAUUUUCCCUCACGUUGUUCACGGCUUCACAGACACCAACCCUGCCAUCAGAGAACAGACUGUUAAGUCUAUGUUGCUGAUGGCUCCUAAGCUAAAUGAGACCAACCUGAACCAGGAGCUGAUGCGUCACUUUGCCCGGCUGCAGGCCAGAGACGAACAAGGGCCAAUCCGGUGCAACACCACCGUCUGCCUGGGCAAGAUCGCCUCCUACCUCAAUGCAGGGACUCGACAACGUGUUCUGAUUUCUGCCUUCUCACGAGCAACUAAAGACCCCUUUCCAGCUUCACGCUCUGCCGGUGUACUUGGCUUCGCCGCCACACACAACUUCUACAGCUUAACAGAGAUCGCUUGCCACCCCUCCACCCAUGCCUUGCUGUUUCCAUCAUAAACUUGUAAAUGUUCUCUCCUGCCUAUCUCCCUCUGUCAGGCAUUUAAAGCCAUCAAGAGUUUCCUUUCCAAGCUGGAGACCGUGUCAGAAGACCCCACCAAGCUGGCUGAUAUGGGUAUGGUGGGGGGGGGGGGGGGGGGCCGGCGGGGGGGUUUCUCCCCGGGGGGGGGGGGGGGUGGGGUGGGGGGGGCCACCAUAACGUCUAAGCUGAUCCGAAACGCUCCAGGGACAGAGGGGGGUGCAGCAGCCGAGGGCAGUGAGCCCACCAACACCCCCAGCCCUACCAGUGCCACUGACGGAGCACCUGCACCUGGUUCUGAAGCUAAAAUUCCACAAGCCUCUGUGACUCGUCAUGUUGCCACUAGUGGUGCCAACCAAUCACAGACUCAUGAAGUAACAAGCAACAAUGACGAGCCAAUAGGAGACCGCUGGGAUGAGGAGGAGGACUGGGGAAGUUUGGAGGAGCCAGAGAAAGCUCACACUGACCCAGAUGACUGGAACACUGACUGGUCAGGAAUGGCAUCAUCCAAAAAGAAGGCCAGUGACAAAGGAGUGGGCCGGUCGUCGUCCUCCAUGGCAGUGAAGAAGCAGAGCGCUGACUGGAGCAGCUCAGGCUGGGACGCCGACGACAGCUGGUCCAAUGACAAGGAGGGGCAGGGUCAGAGCUCGGCGGGCGAGGAAGGCUGGGGCAAUGACUGGGGGGAGGAGGACACAGACACAACCUUGGCCAAUACGACACUCCCCCUGCCCGAAGGGGUGCGGUUAGCCAGCGAGUACAACUGGGACAGCAGCAGCUCAGCCACCAAGGGGGCUAGCCAGAACGAUCUGUUCGCCAGCGUGUCCCAGAGAAACCCAGCCGGCACUGCUGCCACUACGACUGGAGAUGGCUGGACUGCAGAGGCAACAGGAGACUGGGGAGCUGAGGAGAGCUGGGAGUCAGUGGAUGGGAACCAGGGUCUCAGCAAGGCCGAGCUUUCAAAGAAAAAACGGGAAGAGAGGAGGAAAGAGCUGGAGGCAAAACGGGCGGAGCGCAAAGCUGCUAAAGGUCCUCUCAAACUGGGUGCACGCAAGCUGGACUGAUGGGGAUCCAAAGAAAGAUUUGAGGGUGGGGAGGUAGAGGGAGGAACCAUGGACCACAGUGACUGGAGCCAGAGCAGUAGAUGGAGGCUUGACAUUCCACAAACAAAGGACCACAAAGAAGUUUUAGCAGUGAACGAAAUACUGUGAACCGUAAGAUGAAAACAGUUGGUCAGUAGAUGACUCUCAGCUUUGGGAUUCUGUCUUUCUUCAUUCGGAAACUGACAGAUGAGUGAAAAUGCAACAAUCUAGUGCUUUAUGAAUGAAUGCAUUAUUGUGGAUGGCAGAGCUGAAACAAACCCAGGGACAGAAAAAUGGGAGAGCAGCAGCCCGAGUUGAACACACAAAAUGUCCCCCCCCCCCCUUUUUUUUUUCUCAACUCAUUAAGUUGCAGUUGUAAAGUAAAUGUGUAUAUAAACAGUGCAUUUUGUCUUAACAUGACAUGAAGAAAUGACACUUUUUUUUAAGAAUUGUUAAAUAUAUAUAUAACAUAAUUAUCAGAAUCAAACAUGUAUUAUUAGACAAUGUUUUCCAGUUCACUCACACACACACACACAAGUGGAUAUGAAUGUUUUAGUUCAGUUAUCACUUAUUUACAAAUUUAAGACUUUAAAAAAAAUCCAUGCAUGCACCUGUGUAUUUGUGUGGCCUAACAGAAGGUUUCCUGGCCCAGAGUUUUCUUGGCACGUUCAACACUGUAUUUUACCGAACUGAACUGGCCCGAUAAGUGACACAUUUGACUGAUUUUAGAUCUGUGACGUGUCACAUGCACUGCAGACACAAGAUGGGAAUAAGUAGUUAAAUUGAUGCUGGAGAACUGGUUGCAAGGGAAAAUCAAUGUAUGUGUUUACAUGCCUUUGUCCUCUGUGUCCUAGUAAUCCUGUGGUGAAGGGUUUAUGAAAUCAAGAGUUAUAUUUUUCAAAAUCCUUGAUUACCUGAAGGUACCUGUAUAAUCCUUCAGAUCUCCCUAAACAUUUAUUUUACUCUUUUUUUAUUUGUGCCUUUUUUAUUCAAUGAAAACAGAGCAUUUCAACUUGAAAUCUCUUUCCACCAGCAGAUUUUGUUUUCAUCAAACCUUACGGUGUAACCCCCAUAUCUUCUGCCUGUGUUGGAUAUGAUAUUGUUAGGUUUGGUGUUACUUAUACAGGAUGCCAAUUAGACACAAUCAACAGCAGUCACCAUUGGAGCUAAUGUCCUGGUACUAAGCUGUGUUUAGUUGGGGUGGACUGAGGAAGACUGGAUGCAACCUUUUACUGAAAAUUGAAAUCAUGUGGCAUGUUAGCUGUUAAUAAAUAUUAAGUAAAAUAAAUGUAUGUUUUCUUCUUUAAAUUAA